AUGUACACGCUGCUUUCAGGGCUGUACAUGUUCCAGAAGGAUGAAUACUGCAUACUGAUCCUGGGCCUGGACAAUGCUGGGAAGACGACCUUCUUGGAACAAUCAAAAACACGGUUUAACAAGAACUACCAGGGGAUGAGUCUGUCCAAAAUCACCACUAGCGUGGGCCUAAACAUUGGCACUGUGGACGUGGGGAAGGCUCGCCUCAUGUUCUGGGACUUAGGUGGACAAGAAGAAGUACAGUCCUUGUGGGACAAGCACUAUGCAGAGCGCCAUGGCGUCCUCUAUGACAUUGGUUCCACUGAUGAGGAGUCAGAGUCCAAAGAGGCAUUUGAGAAGGUGGUUUCGAGUGAGGCACUGGACGGUGUCCCCAUCCUGGUGUUGGCCAACAAGCAGGAUGGGGAGACCUGCCUCUCCAUUCCUGACAUCAAGACUGCAUUCAGUGACUGUACCUGCAAGAUUGGCCGGCGAGACUGUCUGACCCCAGGCCUGACUGCUCUCACAGGCAAAGGAGUUUGAGAGGGCAUCGAAUGGAUGGUGAAGUGUGUCGUGCAGAAUGUCCACCAGCCACCACGGCAGAGGGACAUCACAUAAGCACCAACUUUGCAGUCUUGGAACUGUUCAUCCCCUGGUGUUGGAAGAGCGCUCCCUGCUGGCUCUGUGCCACUGAUGCUGGGGUUAAGCUGACU